AUGUGUGGGAUCUUCGCUUAUAUUGGGAACAAGGAGGCAGCCUCCCUGCUGAUAACAGCUCUCAAGCGCCUUGAAUACCGCGGCUACGACUCCGCUGGCAUUGGCAUCCACGGGGUUCCACUGAAAGUCCGCAAGAAAGUUGGCAAGGUUUCCAACUUGGAGGAGGAUGUUGCCCACGCCGGCAACCAGGUUUCUGGUACGCUGGGUAUUGCGCACACGAGAUGGGCAACUCACGGCAAACCUUCUGACAUCAAUGCACAUCCACACACGACUGCCGAGUCCAGCAUUGCCGUCGUGCACAACGGAGUCAUCGAGAACAACGCUGCGCUAAGGGAGCAGCUGUCAAGCAAAGGCUACAAAUUUGUGAGCCAAACGGACACUGAGCUACUGGCUCAUCUGGUCCAGGACCUCAAAAAGCAGAUGGAAGGCGCAACCUACACGGAGGUUGUGGCGACAGCUCUCCGACUCUGUGAAGGAGCUUACGGUGUAGCAUUCAUCUUCCAGGACGAGCCAGACUUGCUCAUCGGCGCUCGAAAGGGUUCACCCUUAAUUCUGGGAGUCGGCCAAGGGGAGCACAUGCUUGCAAGCGAUGCUUCCGCCAUUGUCGAGCACACGAAGGAUGUCGUGUACUUGCGGGAGGGCGAGCUCGUGGAAGUUCGGAGAUCUGGUUUUAAGGUCUCCGAGCUGCACAAGAUUAUCUCAAGUUUGGGCAAAAACUCGUGGAGUCCCCGCAAGGAUGCAGAAAACCCUAUUGUGAGGCUUGAGUUGUCGCUAGAACAGAUUGAGAAGGGGGGUUACAAGCACUUCAUGCUCAAAGAAAUCAUGGAUCAGCCAAAUGCCAUGCGAAACGCAUUGCGCGGACGGAUCUACCAACCGGCGGACGUGCCGGACAAGUGGGAGAUCAAGUUGGGUGGUCUGGAGAAGGCAAAAGAAGGCCUGUCUGCAGAUGGGAUCAGCCCGCUAGAAAGGAUGGCAAACGCCAGCCGUCUGAUCUUUGCGGCUUGUGGAACAUCAUGGCAUUCCUCACUGAUCGCAAAGUACGCUUUCGAGAAGCUGGCUGGGGUGGCCGCUGAAGUGGAGUAUGCCAGCGAAUUCAGGUAUCGAAAGCCGCUGAUCUGUCGGUCGGACUGCCUCAUUGCAAUUUCUCAGAGUGGUGAAACGGCAGACACGUUGGAGGCAAUCAAGAUGGCAAAGCAACAUCAGGCUCUAACGAUCGGAGUAGUGAAUGUGGUGGGCUCCAGCAUUGCGCGUGAGACUGAUGCAGGGAUGUACUUGCAUGCCGGACCUGAAAUCGGUGUCGCUUCAACAAAGGCUUUUACGUGCCAGGUUGUCGCGCUGCUGUUGAUGGCGCUUCGUCUUGGCAAGCAGCGGGGUGUACUUUCUGAGACCACGCUGAACAGCUACUGUGCGGCAUUGAAUUCGGUGCCUGACAGCAUAGAAAAAUGGUUGGCAGCUCUUACAGACCAAACGAGAAUUGUGUCAAAGUACUUCCGGUUGGCCACCAAUGCGAUUUUCAGUGGAAUGGGCAUCCAUUUUCCAGUUGCGCUGGAGGGUGCCUUGAAACUGAAGGAGAUAUCCUACAUCCAUGCUGAAGGUUUUCCCGCAUCUGAAAUCAGGCAUGGCGGGAUCACCUUGAUCAGAAACUUUGUUCCCGUGAUUUGCGUUGCAAUGAGGUCUGAUCCUGCAUACGAAGACAUGAAGCAGAUGGUACAGGACUUCAGGGCCAAAGACGCAGCUGUUGUCGUACUCACGGAUGAUGGGAAUACAGACUUCAGCAACAUUGCCCACUUCACUUUGCACUGUCCGGACACCAAGCUCGAGCUGCAGCCGUUGAUGUGCUGCAUCCCGCUGCAGCUCCUGUCUUACUACAUCGCAGACAUGAGAGGUUGCUCCAUAGACCAACCUCGCAAUCUAGCCAAAAGUGUUACCGUAGAAUGA